AUGUUCUUCCUAUUUAUCACAUUCUUGUUUGUAGAAAAUAUAACGGGGGAAGUGAUUAGCGAUUUCAACUCUAUUCAACACCAACCAAGAAAAUUCAAUGGAAAAAUAUUUGUUGUUGUAGAAAAUGAUAGAGAAAUAGAAAUUGCUAAUGAACAUAAUGACAGAAUUGAUCAAAUAAUAAUAAAAGGAUUUAGCAUAGAUUCAAUUCAAACAGGAUUUCCAAAAGUUCAAGGGGUAUGGAAUUAUUCAAUAAAUUCAAAAGAACGAAUUGCUCAUAUCAAAUUUGAUAAUUUUGUGAAUAUUAUAAAUCUGUCAUUUGAAGUUGCAAACUCAAUUGUAGAGUUUGUAAGAAAAUAUAACUUAGAUGGAAUUUGUCUUGAAGAUCUUGAAAAUUUGUUUUAUAUUACAGGAAGAUCAACACGUGAUCCAAGAAGUGUUGCCAUAAGUGGUACAAUAAUUAAUUCUUUACAAAAGUAUAUUGAUGAAUUCAUUAUAGAUACAACAGACUAUUACAGUAAAAGUCUUCAUUCAUCUCAUUGUUCAUCUCCAUUGAUGUACAUUGAAAAUCUUAUCAAAGAUUGUACUUCUAAGAAUGAAAACCUUAAAAGUAUAACAUCUAUUUCUAUUGACUUAUCUGGAUAUAAAUUCUGUCCAAACCAACUUCGUUCUUCAAUUAAUGUUACAUCCUUCCAAACUAUGCUUCAUAAUGCUACUUAUUCAACUUGGAUAGAAGAAUGUCAAGAACAUAGUUUUACAGAUUCAAAUAACUGUGAAAUUAUGUUUCCUACUAUUGAAUAUAUUAAGAAACGAAUAGACUUAGCAAUUCUAGAAGGUAUAGAUAUUACUUUAUGUCAUAUAGAAGCAGCACAUCCUAAUGUCUUUGAACUUUUUUAA